UUUUUCCUUCCUCUAGUUUACAAUGGAUUUUGGAUAAACAAGAUCUAUUGAAGGAACGCCAGAAAGACUUGAAAUUUUUGACUGAAGAAGAAUAUUGGAAACUACAGAUAUUUUUUACUAAUGUUAUCCAGGCUUUAGGUGAACAUCUUAAAUUAAGACAACAAGUUAUUGCCACUGCUACAGUCUACUUCAAGAGAUUCUAUGCCAGAUAUUCCCUAAAAAGUAUAGAUCCAGUAUUAAUGGCUCCUACGUGUGUGUUUUUGGCAUCCAAAGUAGAGGAAUUUGGUGUUGUUUCAAAUACAAGGUUGAUUUCUGCUGCUACUUCUGUAUUGAAAACUAGGUUUUCGUAUGCCUUUCCGAAGGAGUUUCCUUAUAGGAUGAACCAUAUACUAGAAUGUGAAUUCUAUCUCUUAGAAUUAAUGGACUGCUGUUUGAUAGUAUAUCAUCCUUAUAGACCUUUGCUCCAAUAUGUGCAAGAUAUGGGCCAAGAAGACAUGCUGCUACCUCUCGCAUGGAGGAUAGUGAAUGACACAUAUAGGACUGAUCUUUGUCUGCUGUACCCUCCUUUCAUGAUAGCUCUAGCUUGCCUACACGUGGCCUGUGUUGUCCAGCAGAAGGAUGCAAGGCAAUGGUUUGCUGAGUUAUCUGUUGAUAUGGAAAAGAUUUUAGAAAUAAUCAGGGUUAUUCUGAAGCUGUAUGAGCAGUGGAAGAACUUUGAUGAGAGGAAAGAGAUGGCUACUAUUCUUAGUAAAAUGCCUAAACCAAAACCACCUCCAAACAGUGAAGGAGAACAGGGUCCGAAUGGUAGCCAGAACUCUAGUUAUAGCCAAUCUUAAGACAUUCCAAAGAAUUUCUUUAUGGACCACUUUGACUCAAGACAUCCUGGGAUCUUUCCUGUGUUCAUGAAAUGGACAGAAGGUUUUAGUAACAUCUUUGACAAAGAACUUGAAGAAUAAAUAGCUUGUUUGUGUCAAGCAUUGUGAAAGCUUUUUCUCUAAAACUGCAUCAUUUUCUCUGACGCUGGAGCAAAUGUACUGAGGUUUUUCAGUGUAAGGAAUCAAACGUUAAACCAAGCUGCAAUAGAUUAACACUAUCCACUCAAAACAAAUAGUUCAUUAUUGGUUUUUGUUUGCUUUGAGAAAAUUGUAACUCGCCAUUGAAGUGAACUAUUUUUAAAGCGACAGUAACCUGAAGCCUAAGUGUAACUGUAUUAAUGGCCUGUGUUGUCUUCAUUUUGUUUGUGACUGAAGGAAGAUAGUGCACUGUAUGUUAAAUCUAUUCAUUACCUUGAGUUUUGUUAAUUUUUAAAAAAUAAAUAUGGAUUCUGUAACAAGUUAACACAGCAAUCCUUCAGAAACAAAGCUUAGAAGAGCCUACAAAAAAUAUUGUUACAGUUUUCAUGAGAGCUGCAGGAAAGAAAUUCAGUUCCUUUUUUGGAUUAGAGAGAUGCUGUUUUACUUGGUAGAUGUACUUGGAUGUUUUUGCCAUGAAGCAUAGUAGCCCAGCUUACCAGAGAAGUGCAAUAUGUAUAGUGAUUCUGCAGUUUUAAACAUUUCAAGUGUUAGGAAUUAAAAAAACCCCAACAUACUAUGAUUUUUUUUUUAAAGUAAAUGUACUGUAUAGUACAAUUGGAAUAUGUCACAAUCGAGUACAAAUCUGGGUGUGAUUGCUAUUUUUUAUGGUGGAUUUUAUUUGUACAAAAGAUAUACACUGUUAGUCUGCCUUCACUGUUAGCGUGAAUUUGUGUGGUUCAUUAGGGAGUUUAUUUAAGAGGAUCAAGCUUUCGGUGAGCUUCAUACUGGCUAAUUUUAAUUGUGACGUUAGGAACAACUCUUUAGAAUAACUGAAAUGGGAUUCCUUGGUUAACUGUGUGCUGGAGAAAAUGAGAUUCCUUCGAACAGGCCAUAUCCUGUGUUCCUUACUCAGGCAGAUAUCCCACUGAAGUCAGGAAUUGGCCUAAAUCGAAUUUCUUGGUUUUUAGGUAACUUCAUUUCUAAUUAAGUUAUGUACAACUUCAUUUUGAAUGAUAAUGCCAACUUGCCCAAGUAUAAAAAUUGAAUGAUAAAGUGCAGUA